CUACGACAGACCCGCGCCAGGACAACCCUGCCUCCGCGGCUAUCACUGGUCAGGGCCCAAGCUUGUUCUGUUAAUAACUAAGCAAACUGGAACACCUCGGCCCGAGAUUUGGGUGCGCGGCCGCUACUCCCGCCCGCUCGCUGCACAUGCAGCCUGAACCCGGGGCCCCCGGACACGCCACAUUUUAGGUUGGGACCAGCUGGAGCCGGAAGGGGAGGUGCAGCGCCGCUAGCCGGAGACCGGAAGCGGAAUUGCAGGUGUGUAUUGUGAGAAGAGCAGCGUUUGCAGCGACUGGGAGAGAGUCUUUCGGUCGCCGCGAGAGGUGCUGGGUUCGACGGAAAAAGUAUCAUUCUAGCUCAGAUUUGUGUUGAAACCAGCCUCAGGGUUCACCUAUCCUCACUGAUCCGUGGAUUUCUGUAUGAUCAGAGUGCUUUCCUGAGAGCGAUGCAGGAAUAAGGGAGGAGCGUCCUGCUUCCCGGUUGCCCUGUUACUGUCGGAGUCACAGGAUGGCUGCCAUCAUCCUGCCCCUGACUGCUGCUCUGCCUUCCCCGUUCCCAGCCUCUCAGCGAGAAGGACACACAGAGGGCGGAGGGCUGGUUAAUGAGCUCCUGACAAGCUGGCUAAAGGGCUUGGUGACCUUCGAGGAUGUGGCCGUGGAGUUCACCCAGGAGGAGUGGGCAUUGCUGGACCCUGCCCAAAGGACACUGUACAGGGACGUGAUGCUGGAGAACUGCAGGAACCUGGCCUCGCUGGGGGACCAAGUUGAUAAACCUGGUCUGAUCGCCCAGUUGGAGCAAGAAGAUAAAGUGAUGACAGAAGAGAGAGGAAUUCUCCCAGGUACGUGUCCAGAUGUGGAGAAUCCACUUAAAGCCAAAGGGUUAACUCCUAAGCUGCAUGUUUUUCGAAAAGAACAAUCUACAAAUAUGAAAAUGGAGACGAAUCAUCUUGGAGCAGAAUUCAACGAAUGUAAUCAGUGUUUUAAAGUCUUCAGCACAAAAUCUUCCCUUAUGCGGCACAAGAAGAUUCACGCUGGAGAAAAACGCUACGACUGCAGUGAAUGUGGGAAAUCCUACAGCAGCAAAUCUUACCUUACUGUUCAUAAGAGAAUCCACAAUGGGGAGAAACCCUACAAAUGCAGUGACUGUGGGAAAACCUUCAGCAAUUCCUCAUACCUCAGACCACACUUGAGAAUUCACACCGGAGAAAAACCCUACAAAUGUAACCAGUGUUGUCGUGAGUUCCGCACUCAGUCAAUCUUCACAAGGCACAAGAGAGUUCAUACAGGGGAGAGUCAUUAUGUAUGUAAUCAGUGUGGAAAGGCUUUCAGCACAGGGUCAUCUCUUUCUUUGCACUAUAGCAUUCAUACAGGGGAGAACCCUUACGAAUGCCACAAUUGUGGGAAAACCUUCAGGAGGAGCUCGAAUCUGACACAGCACGUAAGAACUCACACUGGAGAAAAGCCCUACAAGUGUAAUGAGUGUGGGAUAUCCUUCACCAGUAGCUUUUCUCGUACGGUUCACAGGAGAAUACAUAAUAGAGAGAAAUCCUAUGAGUGCAGUGACUGUGGAAAAGCCUUUAAUGUUCUCUCAUCUGUUAAGAAACACAGGAGAACUCACACUGGAAAAAGACCCUAUGAAUGUAAUUAUUGUGGGAAAUUCUUCACAAGUAACGGGUACCUUUCUGUGCAUAUGAGAACGCAUAUUAGGCAGAUGUGAAUUCAAUAACUGUGCGAAAAGCAUUCAUUGAUCUUUCAUGCCUCAGAUAACAUGAAAGAACUCUUCACCAGAUGUAUGAAUUAGCUGCUACUGUAUAACGUGUAACAAAUUACCCCACAAAAUUAUGUGGCUUCAAACAAUAAACAUUUAUCUCACAGUUUUUGUAGGUCAGGAAUUCAGAAACAGCGUAGCUCCAUAGUUCAGGAUCUCUCAAGAGGUUACAGUCCAGAUGUCAGCAGAACCAUAAUCAUCCAGAAUUUGUACUGGUGAAGGGACCACUUCCAGGUGGCUCACUCACAUGCCUGACAAGUGCAUGCU